AUCCCAUUCCAGCCAUUUGCAUUUACCAGGUAUGUGGUAAAUGCUGGGAAGUGUUUGUGGAAGAAGUUACUCUCCAGCAGAAGCUUAUUCAGCUACAGGAGGAGGACAGGCUAAAGGUGUUUCACCAACCCCUCAGCUCAGUGGCUGGCAGUUGGCAAACCCUUCUCUGCCUCCUGAGUUGAAAAAGCCCAAUGGCAUCAUGGAGGCUGAACAGUUCAACAGGCAUUUGCUGUUACGAAGGAAGCGAUCCAUUCUGUUUCCCAGUGGAGUUAAGAUCUGCCCUGAUGAAUCUAUUGAGCAGGCUAUUGCCAACCACCUGAAAUAUUUCAGGCUCAGAGUGUGUCAGGAAACAGUGUGGGAGGUCUUCAAAACAUUCUGGGACAGACUGCCAGAGCGUGAAGAAUAUAAUGCCUGGAUGAGCCUGUGUGAGGAAGGAAUAAUGAGUAUCUUUGAAAUGGGCACAAACUUCAGUCAGUCUGAGGAGCACCGGAGUCUGAUUGUGAAGAAACUGUCCUAUAUAAAGGAAGCAAUGGGCAGCUCCUGCACUGAUUGGGCAUGUGGUGGGACUCCAACUCCAGCUUCAGAUGCUGAUGUUACCACACUGAGAGAUGCAGCUGCCAAUGUUCCUCCCCCUGAUGAGAUCUCCAUUGAGAGUCCUGCAGGUGGUACCAUCGAGGAGGUAGAUGUUGUAGACACCACUAUCAAUAAUGAGAUAAAGACGCAGGAUGAGAAGCAAGUGAGACCUGUAACUGAGCAGAUGAUUGAGUUCAACAUUUUGAUUGCUGGUGAAAAGUACAGUGAGGAGCUGAAGGACCCAGCUACUGUGGAGCAUCAACUGCUGUCUGAACGAUUCAUUUCUCAGAUUAAAAGUGUAUUUGAAGUACUACCUGGAUACAAAAACAUCCACAUCCUGGAUUACAGCCCUUCCGAGGAAGACAGUGGGGUAGAAGUUCACUAUGCUGUUACAUUUGAUGGAAAAGCCAUCACCAAUGCCACAUGGGACCUGAUUAACCUUCAAUCCAACAAGGUGGAGGACAACUCCUUUAUGGGCAUAGAGGAUAAUCCAACAGUUGUGUACACCAUCAGUGAUUUCCGAGAUUAUAUUGCUGAAAUCCUCCAGAAAAAUGCUUUGCUUGAAAACACUUCCUUGUCUUUAGACCCUAACUCUCUCCAGCUUACUAAUGUGAAAGAAAUACUACACCCCACGUCAGAAGACCCAUCCUGGAUUACUGAGCAUCCAGUUGUGCUGGAGCGCCCGGAGUUCGAUGACAGCACCUUUCUAGCUGAACGUCCCUCAGCAGAUGAAUCGACAGUCAGCAAUGCCUUGCCCUUUGAUUACACCAAACCAGACUCCACUUCAGACAGUGAACAGUCCAGUGACAGUGAAAUCCAGCCAAGACCAGAAUCCGUGGACUCAGAGGCCGGUUUGGCACCUGAAGCUCCACUUUCCUCAGAGGCUGACGACACUUCUUUGCCUGAUGGGCUGAAUUUAGAGGAUGGGAGUCAGACUCCUCAUUUGGUCCCUGCACCAGUGUUAGAGCAUGAUUCUGAGGACUCUCUGGAAUGGUUUUCACCCCCCAGUUCUUUAGAUGUUGAAGAUACUGGACUAUCUGAAGAUCUUUUGCCUUCAAGUCCCUCUCACCUUGUGCCUGAAGAAUUUCCGUCUACAGAUGAUUAUGCAGUUCCUCUGCUUCCUGCACCAACAGUGGCCUCUUCAUCAGUCAUAGAGACUGAUGUUAAAGAAAUAGUAUCUGCUGAGAAGGAAGAAGAAACUCAAGGUAGUCCUGAGGGCAGUGACAGUGCAGACUCUGUGGAAGAAAUUCCUUUUCCCCUAGAAGUACCCCCUAUGGAAGAUGAAACUGAUAUAUUUCUUGGCGAUAGAGUUAUAUAUGAUGAUGGGUCUGGUUCAGCUUUUGAUGGUUCAGGAAAAGAAAUGGAAUCAAGUAUCUGGCCUUGGGAAGAAGCAACAUUGGAACCAGUUUUUUACCCUGGUCCUGAUAGCUGGCUUGAAGAUGACAAUGAGUCUUUGUUAAUCAAAACUGAGGAUAUUCCUGAAGGCAUGAUCUUAGACUAUAUUCUCAACUCUGAGAAUAAAUUAGAUUAUGAUCCUUCCAAAGAUGAGAAUGAACAUAUAGUCAAUAUAAAAGAUUUCCUUGAUGAGUCUGAAAUAUUUGUCUUUCCAGAGACUACAACUCCGCCAGUACCUCUGUUACAGACAGAAGAGCCAUCAUCUGUGGAACCAUCUACACAGGCAGAAACACUGGGCAUGUAUGAUUCUUCUUUUGUUAAACCAUCCUUGGUUUUGGAGCCUUCGGUGGAUCAUUCUGCUGUAGACAUGCCAACUGGAGAGGUGCCUGUCUCACCACAGUACACAGAUCUGUCUGUGGAAGAUCGUCUGCUUACAUCUACAGAGACUGUCAGUAUGGAGCAACCUGAAGAGUCUAGUGUAGAUCAGAACAUAAUUUCUGAAGAAAUUGAACACCAAAAGGAAGACAGGACAAUGGUAGAAGAACUAUACACAGUGAAGCUGUCAGAUGUAAUGGAAGCUGCUACAAUAGGACACUUGGACACAAGCUCUUCAGGAACCAUUCUGCCUGCAGGUCCUUCCAUGGUAAAGCCUGAUGCUUCCACAGAGGAGCAGCAAGCCCUAGAUUCAUCACUGGCAGGCCAAGACACUACUGGAUCAGCAGUGAAGAGACCAGCUGAUGUUUGGCCUACUGACAGAACACUAGAAACCUCCUUAGAUCAGACAGUGCAAUUAGCAACGCCAGCUGCCCCUCAAGUUUCAACUGCAGUUCCUCCUGUGAUAGAUCAGACCACUGUCCUGGAGGACUUUGCUGGGCAGGGUGCUACAGACCAUGUUUCCAUGAGCUUCAGCACUGCUGUGAAGUAUGAAACAGUGAGAGUAACAACAAGCCCCACUGAGCUUCCAUCCCAUCUCCCUCCUGUGGGAACCACAACAUCACUGUCUGUGGCUGCCUCAACAAUGCUGGGAGAUGAAACGACAAGCGCCCUAGAUAUUUCAGUAGACCUGGACCGUGUGAGCACUGUCCACUUUUUUCCUGAGCAGACUGAGGAGGGAAGGAGAAUGACCGAAAGUCACAUGGAGCUAACAACUCGUAUCCAGUCCACAGAGAUGGCCAGUGUGGCUUGGGCCACACAUGAAACUCACUAUAGCAGUACUGUCCCAUCCCGAGCUCUAGUUGUGUUUUUCAGUCUUCGGGUUACCAACAUGAUGUUUUCAGAGGACCUCUUUAAUAAAAACUCCCCUGAAUACAAAGCAUUGGAACAGCGGUUCUUGGAACUGCUGGUGCCCUACCUUCAGUCAAAUCUGACGGGAUUCCAGAAUCUGGAAAUCCUGAACUUCAGAAACGGCAGCAUUGUGGUGAACAGCCGAAUGAAAUUUGCCAAACCUGUGCCUCGGAACGUCACCAAUGCUGUGUACUUGAUCCUGGAAGACUUCUGCAACACUGCAUAUCACACCAUGAACCUGGCCAUUGAUAAAUACUCCCUGGAUGUGGAAUCGGGUGAGCAAGCAGAUCCCUGCAAGUUCCAGGCCUGCAAUGAAUUCUCUGAGUGCUUAGUAAAUCGCUGGAGUGGAGAAGCUGAGUGUGUCUGCAACCCUGGCUACCUGAGCAUUGACGGGCUGCCGUGCAACAGCAUUUGUGAUCUGCAACCAAACUUCUGCCUGAAUGAUGGCAAGUGUGACAUAAGCCCUGGGCAAGGGGCCAUCUGUAGGUGUCGUGUGGGAGAGAACUGGUGGUACAGGGGGGAGCACUGUGAAGAGUAUGUGUCUGAGCCACUGGUUGUGGGUAUUGCAAUUGCUUCUGUGGCAGGAUUUCUUCUUGUGGCAUCUGCUGUCAUCUUCUUCUUGGCCAGGACCCUUCGAGACCAGUAUACAAAGAGUGACAGCGGUGACUCACAGGGGCAGGGUGACAGCCUCUCGUCCAUUGAGAAUGCAGUUAAAUACAACCCCAUGUAUGAAAGUGAUACGACUGGCUACAGCCAUUAUUACCGGAGAUAUCCUCAGCUAACGUCCUACAGUUCCACCAGUGCAGAGACAUCCACAGACUACAGCAGUGAAGAGAUCAGGCACAUUUAUGAAAACAGUGAGCUUACUAAGGAGGAGAUUCAGGACAGAAUUCGAAUUAUAGAGCUCUACGCUAAAGAUCGUCAGUUUGCAGAGUUUGUUAGGCAGCAUCAAAUGAAGCUGCUUUAAGAAAAAAAGAAAUUGAUAGAAUACACGUGGGAGAUAAAGACUACCUUGUUGCCACAGCAACGGGCUCAGAUGUAACUGCAAAGUUACUUAUAGUCUUAACAUUGCAUGGAUGGAUACAGAUGUUUUCUAAAUGAAUGACUAAAAUGUACAGAUGUCUGUUUAUCUCAAUUACUUCUGGCUUUUCCGUGUAAAGUGACAUUUUUGAGAGGCGAUCAGAAGUGACAGAGGUUAUGAAAGUUCAUUUUUAUUUAACUCCAAAAUGGACAGUGAAAGUUUUGUACACAAAGGCAAAAAAAUCUCCUCGGGCAAGAGAAGAUACAUGCACAACCAAAAUAAAAUGCUCAUUGAAAAUCCCUGUCUGGCAUUUAUCCCCUCACUGGAGGCUCCAGUAGUAUUUCAUGGGUACAAAACACUAGUGGGAAGGAGGG